GCAACAAAAUCAAAACAACUUUCUCUGCUAGUUCUUGGACUUUCGGAAUGGAUUUACUCUUGCUGCUUGGAAUUGCGACCGCUCUGUUGGUCGUUCUCGUCACUCUUCUCCUCUUGAACAGGAACAAAUCAAAAAGCGAAGAUGUUCCACAGGAAGAAGCAGUUCAGCGCGAGGGCAAUGUUCCACGCAGAGCGCAGGUAGUAAGAAACCAGCGUAACCGAGCCAGAGUGGCGGAGGUGGCCCAACAGGCCGAGCAAUCCGAGGAAGAAGACACCAUACCAGAGGCGCAGCAUGAUUACAGUGGCGAAAAAUUGGGUGCCAAAAAGCGGGCCAAGCUAGAGGCAAAGGCUGAAAAGAAGCAGCAGCGUGAACAAGAACUGCGGCACCGAGAAGAGCAGAAAAAGAAAGAUGCCCUGCUCGAAGAGGAACGCCGAAAGCAGUCCGAGAAGGAGGAGCUAGAGGAGAAGAAGCGCGAAGAAGCGGAACGUCUUGCGCGAGAAGAGAAGGAACGGAAGGAGCACGAGGAGUAUCUGAAGAUGAAGCAAGCCUUUAGCGUGGAGGAGGAAGGCUACGAAGAGGAAAAUGCUGACGAGCAGCAGAACAGUUUGGCCGAUUUCAUCAAGUUCAUUCAGGAUAACAAAAUAGUCGUGCUAGAAGACUUGGCUGCACAUUUCAAGCUGAAAGUGCAAGCCGUAAUAGACAGAAUUGAGGAACUGCAGAAAGAAAACCGCCUCACGGGGGUAAUCGAUGAUCGAGGCAAGUUCAUCUACAUUUCCGAGGAGGAACUGAAAUCAGUCGCUAAAUUCAUCCGUCAACGGGGGCGCGUCUCGAUAGCGGAGCUGGCUGAAAACAGUAACCAGUUAAUCAAUCUGGUUCCCGUUGUUGCUUCGGAAAGCGCCUAAGUACUCCAGGUAUCUGUAAACGUGAUACACACAUGUCGAUAAAAUGUUAAUAAUGUUUAUUACAAAGCAAACAGUAUUAACCGUAAA